AUGCACUGUUCAUCAGGCUCGCUCUUUGUGAUGCUUCCUGUGUUGUGGUUAUUGCACUUGGCAAUAAACAAUUUCGCCUUGAUUCAUGCCAUACCAUUGAAACCUGGGACGGAACCCACACCCCUCUAUAAAUGUUCUCAAGUUGAAUUCUCAAUGGUACAUGAUCAAAACGAUCAUUUUACAAUCCUUCCUCCCGAAUGGAAAUCUGCUCUAGACCUUUUUUCAUUACAUCCUCAUGUAAAGCCUUUCAUCGAUACCUCAAAGCGAGUUUCCAUCAUAUUUGCAUUAAAACCCAAUCAUGAAGAAUGGCUACGCAAAGCCUUUCAUCAAGUCAGUGAUCCUUCCUCCCCUCAAUUCCGACACUAUUAUUCCAUGAAGGAAAUUGAACAAUACACCAAGCCUCGAAAUGCUCAUGUUCAACUCGUUUUGAAAUACAUUCGAGAAGUGUUACCUUCUGAGGAUAUCAUUCUUCAACGAAUUUCUCAUCAUGAGAAUUUCAUUCAGGUGCAACUUCCGAUCCGAGUCGUGAAUGAAUGUUUUCAAGCGAACAUGAUGCCGUUUAUUCAUGAAACAACGAAACGAGUGGUGUAUCGUUCCGUGAAUGGUUAUUCCAUUCCUCAAGUGUUGAGAGAGGUACUUGAUGAAAUUAUUGGCAUUCAUCAAUUUCCAAUCUUGCCUCAACAAGCUGCACUCAAAAAGUUGGAUGCAUCUUCUUCGUCGCCCUAUAUUACGAAUCCUCCAUCGAUUUGGAAAAGAUAUAAUAUUACACUGCCAAUGGUAACAAGUCCUAAAAACAAGCAAUCAGUGGCUUCCUUUUUGGAACAAUAUGUGUUGCCUCAAGAUUUACAACAAUUUCAACAAUUGUUUAAAUUACCUCAAAUGACACCGACGAUUAUUGGACCUAAUGAUCCUAAAGAACCAGGGUUUGAGGCUACUCUGGAUAUUCAAUAUAUCAUGGCUGUGGGUUAUUUAGUGAACACCUCGAUUAAUUCCAUCAAAUACAGCGAUGACGACGAUGAGCCGUUCAUUGAUUGGGUACAUCAAAUACAAUCUGAGGGUGACCAAGCUGCUUGGGUUCAUUCCAUUUCAUAUGGACAAGUCGAAAAAUACGUCUCCAAGUCUUAUCAAAGAAUUAUUGAUACAGAAUUUAUGAAAAUUGGUUUGAGUGGUAGAAGCAUUCUCGUGGCCAGUGGAGAUUUUGGAGCGAGAUGUAGUUCUGACGGUUCCAAGUUUCAAGCAGAGUGGCCAACCUCGUCUCCUUUUGCAACAAGUAUUGGAGCUACAGAACCCGAUGAAGCAGCAAAGGAAGUGAGUGUGAAAUGGAGUGGAGGUGGUUUUUCCGAGUCAUAUUCAAUGCCUGAAUAUCAACAAGAUGUUGUGAAUGCUUAUUUAAGGCAACCAAGCGUUCCUCCAAGAAGCUAUUUUAAUGACAAGGGUCGAGCAUACCCUGACAUUAGUGCUGUUGGUGUAAAUUAUCAAAUAAUCCUUUCGGGACAGUUGAAAAAUGUUUCUGGAACUAGUUGUAGCACACCAUGCACUGCAGGAAUAAUUUCAUUGUUGAAUGAUCUUCGUUUCAAACUGGGUAAAGCACCACUUGGAUUCUUGAAUCCUUGGCUUUACAAGGAUGUCAUCACUGUACCGGGAGCUCUGUUUGACAUUACUCACGGCAACAAUGCAGUGAGUCCUUGCCCUGGCUUUUCUGCUGUGCAAGGAUUUGAUCCCAUUAGUGGACUAGGUGUUUUAAAUUUUGAUGUUCUGCGGAGAGUUGCCAUUACUUCACCUUAA